AAAGCUAGUUGUAGAGAGUACUUUAUACCAGAAAACUGAAGACACGACUGAAAUGAUUCGGUACCAGAGAAGACCCGGAAGACCACAGGUAAUCAACCUAACCUGACAAAUAAAUUCAUUCUCUACGAUCAGUCAAAGUCCAAAAGAUCUUCGCGGUUCAUAACCACGGAUCAUUAAUUGGAAAGGGGAAGACACAAACAGCCUUAAAAUUCCUAACUAGCACUGCUGUCACAAACUGAAAACCAUAAAAAAUGGAGGACAGAAUAACAGAACUUCGAAAGCAAAGGUCUACCGCCAAAAGUUGCCUGGUAAAAAAAGCUUCCCUGAUCGCUAAAAAGGCAGGCGGAAUGAGCGAACAAGAAUUACGAGAGGAAUUCACUAAACUCAACCACUACCAUAACAGAUUUCUUGACCUUAGCGAAGACUACAAAAUAGAACUUGGUGUAUUCCAAACGUCGGAUGACAAACAAGUCGCUCUUCAGGAGUAUUUGGAUAAGGACUCCAAAGAACUUUAUGCAAAGUUUUCCGAAGCUGAGCAGAUUAUCCAGUUUAACCUAUGGACAAAAUUCUGUAAUCUCGCAUCGAUAAUCCAAAAUGCUGAAAUGAGUUGUGACGAGAUUGAACACGUGUCCACUGACACCAAUCCAGGUUACUUUAAAGCACUCCUGGGCAUCCUUGAGAAACGAAUCAAAGAAAUAGUUUGGGCUCGGUCGAUUUGGGAACAGUGGAUACCAGCCGAUCAAUUGCAGGACUUCAAUCGCAGGAUCCGGAAAAUUAAAAGCACAAAACAAAGAAUGGAGUUUAAAGCGGUGCGGGUGAUUGCCCCACAGAUAAGAACUCUAACUAGAGGAAACUUAAUGCAGCCACCAGCAACCCAAUCAGGAAAGAUGAACGCUACCGGUCUUCCCAUCUUCAACGGCGGCAGCAGAGACUUUUACCGAUGGAAACAAGACUGGGAAUCUCUGCAAAGGCAAGGAAACCCAUCCGGUUCGUCUGAAGCGGUGAAAGCACAGCUAAUAGAGAGCAUCGAUGAAAAGAUCAUAAAAGAUCUAAGUCUAAGGUCCUACAGUACGGACAAAGACAUAUUCAGAGCUUUGGAGAGCAAGUACGGCAAUAAGUCAGCCAUUAAUCUUGAUCUUCUGAAAAAACUGCAGGACUUACCUCCCGUCGAGGGAAACGAUCCAAGACAAAUCUCUGAACUUCUUACAAACAUCGAAAAAGCUUUAAUAGAUUUAGCGGAAAAUUCACUUACCAUACGAACAGUGGAAAGUAAGUUACCCAAACCCAUCCAAGAGGCUUGGCUCGUUUUUAAAGAUGACCCGGAAAACAAUGUCUCAACAGUCAACCACUUCAGCAAAUUAUUAGCAUUUUUGAAAUCUCCAGAAAGCAUCCUCGACAGAACGGAACAAUGGAAUAUUCAUUACUCGGAGAAACCAGAAGACUCCGAUGUCUGCGGGAAAUUCGAAGGACUUGGACUACAAGAGAAAAGGGCGCCUGUGACCAAGUCAGGAGCUUGUGAAUUGUGUCUAAGGUGCCAUGAUGGUGAAGAACCGUGCAAUAACACGUACCUAUGCGACAACAACGUCUGCAUGAGAGAUCACCAUUACCUUCCAAGUCCGAUAAAGGAAAAGGACCAUGAACAAAAAACUGAUGAAACCGGAAUACUGUUGAAACACUUGUCCAAUUUUCCACUUGAAGAUGUAGAAGAAAUCAAGAAAGCCCUUAUGUGCUUGUCCAAAUACUCACCCGCAGAUGUAGACAUCAUCAAGAAGGCUCUUAAAACCAAACCAAGGCAUGAAGACACCUCAAGGAUGGGUGAACAUGCAGCCACCAAUGUCAACACUGAAGACAAACCAGCCGAUUGUAUGGCUCAAGGAGAAAACCCAUCCUCUGACAUAGUCCAAGAAGUGGUUGAAAAACAAGACCAUCUUGAAAAAGAUGCCCAUGAUAUGCUGACCUCUCAAGAAGCUGAAGAACGCAGCUCCAACGAUGGUCAAGAAAGACAUGACCAAACCUCUCAAGAUGUCGAAGAGACUAUAAAUACAGAAAACUUCUCCCCUGAACCGCAGCUUGGAUCAGACCAAAGUGAGAAGGAAAAGUCUGACCUUGAAGAUGAAGACAACAAAGCCGUAGAGGGAGUUUAACAGCUUGCGUCCAGUUAAUGUCCAUUCUAGAUUUGAUCAAAGUUACUUAAGAUUUGUCAGAUCAAAACACGCUGACUGCUUAUGACGUGUGGUCGUCUUGUCUAAUUUGGACCUACUAGGUAAUUACUAAUAAAAUUAGCAAUCAAGAAGUGGGCGAUGUGAUUUUUUUUUUCCUGUGAGGCCCAGAAUUCCGUACGGUUAAACCCAAACAGAUUCAUAUCUAGGCCCAAAUUCAAAUUAAAUAGAUUUGAAUCUUUUCAUGAA